CCAACGAUUGGCAAUGCCUUGUUUUUGGCAAUGAGUAUAGAACUUAAGACUUUAAUUAGUUUGAAGUAUGUUCUGCAGUUUAUAUGCGUGCAGGCACAUUGUAACGAGCGCCUUUUAACCGAUUUCAGGUGGAUUUUGUGAGUAGUGCAUAUAUAGUUACGUGUUUCUGUGGUUCUACUGUUCCAGAAGAUGUUUUGGAGCUGAGCCGGAAGUAGAGCUGUUUCCAUCAUGGGGUCGUGUCCCACCAAGCAGACGACAAACCGACAGUUUGCGGCUGCGCUCAGAGAACGCUCCACCAUAAAGUCCGCUUUCAAUAGGGCUACCAAUAAUAAUGAUGAAGACAUGCUUAUACCACCUGGGCCAAAUACCAAAACGAAGGAUGAUAUUUUGCCAUCGACGGAAAUACUAGAGUUAAUCGAUGUGCAUGUCAGUGAGACUCCCGCUGAUGCGUGUGUUUCCGUUCCCUCGCUGACGGACCAUCUGACGAGCGAUUUCGAUGAGAGAGUGGAAAAGGUCAAGGCCAUUCAUCGAUGGAUCACAACUAAUAUAAGGUUUGAUGUUCAAGGUUUUCAAACGCGAGAGUUUGGGAAAUCCUCCGCAGAAGAUGUUCUGAGAAAGAAAUGUACUGGUUACCUUGGUUAUUGUAACUUAUUUGCAGCUAUGUGUAGAUCCAUUGGAAUACCAGUAAGAACUAUAGAGGGUUAUGGGAAAGAUGACACAAAUAUUGAGGAGGUGGCGUUCGAUUUGCAGUCUUCGGAAAUCAACCAUGCGUGGAAUGUGGUUCACAUUGGAGACGAGUGGCGUUUCGUGGACUGCACGUGGGAUGCAGGCUACAUAGACGACACCGGGAAGUUCCAAUGGUUAUGUAACGACUUCUAUUUCUUGACAAAUCCGGACUUUUUUGGUGUAAAGCAUUUCCCUUACAUGAACGACGAUUUGGAAACUAGUAAACAAUGGCAGCUGGUAGACGAAACGAUGGAUCUGGAAACAUUUUCCAGGAGAGCGAUUAUUCACGAAUAUGCCAUGGAGAACGGAAUUGGUCUAGUCACACACGGAGAGACCCUGAUAGAAGUCAUCGGCGAAACGACCAUUAUCAUUAGUGGACCGAGUAUUCCAAUCGAAGACGUUUCGUGUGAAAUGGAAGAAAUAUACCAGUUUGACAACGUAGUUCAAGAUCAGUACACGAUGGCGGAACGUAUGGGGCAUGACGGGGUCAAAAUAAAACUAAGGCUACCAACUAUCGCUACCUACAUUCUUCGAAUAUUUGCCAAAAUGUAUUCGAAGGAUAACGAAUUCGGAAAAGUGGCUACGUAUAUUGUGAAAUGUUUGCAAGUGUCCAAAGACAUGGAAUUGUUUCCUUCUCACGGUAUUUGGGGCCCAGAGCUCUAUUAUCAGGAUAUAGGUUUCGAGAAAGCAAUCGUAUACCAGUGGUGGUACGAGGCUGCAUGUGGGGAGAUAGACCUGUACGUGCCAGUGUGGGAGGCGAUGGAGAUAGUUCCCAGACUGCAGUCUUCAGAAGACGUAGACGAGGUGGCCAAUAGCGUCCUCAUCCAAACUGACUCAAGGUCUAUCGUUGCCAUAGCGCGCUUACCAAAAAGAGGAAAUUACAAACUAACUAUUUCGAAGAAAAUGCCCAAUGGGUCUGUCGUUCCAGCCAUUCAUUAUCUUAUCACGUGUAAACACGGUUACGUGCCUUUUAUGCCAUUCCCGAUCGCGUUUCCAGUGGUUCAACAGUUCAUGAUUACUCUCGUGGAGCCCAAGAAACGAUUCCUUCCUGCACGAAGUUACGUCAGAUUUCGCAUUAUUUCACCGCUGUUACACAGCCUUCGACUAGGGGAGCAGACAUUUUCCAAACGACUAGGAGACAAGUGGGAUUUCACUAUUGUGACCCCUGGUCCGGAUGAGGAUCUCUUAAUGUACGGGGGUACAUCUGACUUCCGGACGAGUAUUCUCUGCUUCCGGACUGUUCUAUUUGUACCGGAACCACAUGUUUGUGAGCGAUUAAUAAGGACAUCACAAUCACGGCGGAGCAUUAAUAAAAUCUAAGACGUAUAUUUGAUCUCGUUACAUGUACCUUUGUUAAUACAUUUACAGAAAAAUAUAUAAAUGAUGGGAUAAUCUGACUAAUUUGUACAUGUAUAAAAUGAAAGAUCAAGAACACUAAGCAUCAUCUGAAGUUUCAUUCUGUACUAAUUCAUUUAGCUUGAAUGAAAAAGGUUCUGCUUGAUCUGUUUGUCCUGUGUAGAUUUGUUUGUUAAUGAAUUGUAAAAAAAAAAAAACUAGUAAAUUUUAUAUAUAAUACCCGAUAUUGAAUUACAGCUAUGGCUUGAUUCUAUAAUGGUUAUCUUUAUGAACAAAUUUGUGAUUUCCGUGAUUAUAAAACAUUAAAAUGUGAAAAUGGGAACACGGUUCCCACAAAACUUAAUAAAGAAGAGGAAGAUUACAAAAGUG